UGCCAUAAAACAACGGACUGGGCUGGAGGGCUGGGUUAGAAUUACGGUCCUCGGUUCGAGGGGCAGGGUUAGGGUUUUGGCCCCCGGUUGAAGGGGCAGGGCCCCCGGCCAGAAACUUCCCCGGCGAUCUCCAUGUUACUAGGCGACUUCCUGUCACCACUUCCUGUUCGGUUGCACUGCUGACUUUCUGCAUGUUUUGAAUAGUUUGAAGCUUUAUGUUGAGACCUUUAAAGUUCCCAAAUGUGUCCUGUACCAGCAACCCGCCUGGAGCGGCUUUAGCUCCGCUGGGCUUCACUUAGCAGACACUCCUAAUGAACUACUUGAAGUUUGUGUGCUAAGGCUAGCGGCUAAUUAGCCCUGCUAAUCGGAUUGCUAUACUUUUUACUGGCUUUGUUUAUAUUCUCGAUCUGGUUGUGUUAUGGUCGAGUGCGCGGGACUAUCCAUUCACCCAGGUCUGGUCCGUACUACAGCCGACCCGGUACCAGGCCUUUAGCCUCUGGGUUAAAGGGCUACUAGGGUCGAGAUUAGCCCGACGACCCCCUUGUGUCCAGAUGUAGGUGAUCUUGGACGGACCCACCGAUAUCAUGGCAGACCCACACCCACCAACCAGUACCAGCCUUUGCUGCUGCCGCAAACCGCUGCCGGUUCCUGGGCGACCCGGAGCCGAUGCUGCCCGGGCCAGGCGCCCCCACCCCGGCUCCGCCAGGUGUCCACUUGUCGACGUCGCGUCGGCGUCCAACUUCCAGAGCUUCCAGCUGAACCACUUCCACCUCGACCUGCGGCUUAACUUCACACUGAAGGAGAUGACGGGCUGGCUGGUGUUGGAUCUAGUCCCCAUCCAGCCGGGCAUUGACACUUUAGUCCUGGACACACACCCGUCGCUGCUCAUCCACUCUAUCGACUGCAAAAUGCCCGGCUCGACGCAGCUCGACCGACCGGUUUCUCUCACGUACCGGGUCGACCCCUUCACAGACUACGGGUCCUCUCUGAACAUCAGCUUGCCUGGUGUGGUGGUCCAGCGGGGGAAGGGCUUUCAGAUCACUCUCCGCUUCACCACCACCGAUGGUCCGGCGACGUGGUGGUUGGAUCCUCCCCUGACUUGCGGUCAGUCCCAGCCUCUGGUCUUCACCCUGGGCCACUCGGUCUCCAACAGGUCCUUCUUCCCCUGCUUCGACACUCCAGCCGUGAAGAGCACCUACUCUGCUACCGUCCGCGUUCCUGAGGGAGUGAUGGUGCUGAUGAGUGCCACCCGGAGCUCCUACUCCAAGCCGGACCGGGUCUUCCACUUCUCCAUGCAGUACCCGGUGCCGGCCUACUUGGUAGCGCUGGUGGCUGGUGAGCUGAAGCAUGUCGACGUGGGCCCCCGGAGCCGGGUGUGGGCGGAGCCUUGUCUGUUGUCGUGUGCCCUGAACAAGCUAGGGGGCAGCGUGGAGCGCUGGCUGGCAGUCGCUGAGGACCUGUUUGGGCCCUACCCCUGGGGAAGGUAUGACAUCGUAUUCCUGCCGCCCUCCUUCCCCAUCGUUGCCAUGGAGAACCCCUGCCUCACCUUCAUCAUCUCCUCCAUCCUUGAGAGCCGGGACUUCCUGCUGAUCGACGUCAUCCAUGAGAUCUCCCACGGCUGGUUCGGGAACGCCGUCACCAACGCCACCUGGGAAGACAUGUGGCUGAGCGAAGGCCUGGCCACCUACGCCCAGCGCCGCAUCACGACCCUGGCCUACGGUGAGGCGUUCACCUGUCUAGAAACUAGGUUUCGAUUGGACGCUCUGCACCGACAGCUCCGCCUCCUUGGGGAUGACAGCCCCGUCAGCAAAUUACAGGUCACCUUUGAACCAGGUGUGAACCCCAGCACUUUGAUGAACCUCUUCACCUACGAGAAGGGCUUCUGUUUCGCCUCCUACCUCUGCAAGCUCUGCGGAGAUGUCUCACGCUUCGAUGCUUUCCUCAGGGCAUAUAUCAGCCAGUUUAAGUUCAGCAGUGUGGUGGCUGAGGACCUGAUAGAGCUCUUCUUGGACUUCUUCCCUGCCCUGAAGGAAGAGGGUGCGGCACAUCGAGAAGGUCUGGAGUUUGAUCGCUGGCUGGGGGGCUUGGGGGCUCCCCUCUACGAGCCCGACCUAUCGGCCGGCGGCGUCCUCACGCGACCCGUGCACCAGCUGUGUGACCUCUGGGCCGACCCCGCCCCCGACCCCAACGCCCUGGCAGCCUUUGACCUCUCCACCUGGACCUCCUUCCAGACCGUGCUCUUCCUGGACCGCAUGUUGGACCGCUGCCCUCUGCCCCACGAGGUGAUGGAGGGUCUCAGCGGGGCGUACUCCAGGCUGCUCGCCUCCCAGAGUGCCGAGGUCCAGAUCCGAUGGCUGCAGAUGGUCGUCAGGAGCAACUACCCCCCGGAGAUACCAGCUGUCAGGAGCUUCCUGCACAAGCACACGUCGAGGAUGUACACGGUUCCGCUGUACGAAGACCUGGUGGCUGGGGUGAUGAAGUGCGUCGCCAUGGAGACCUACAGCCAGACCCAGGGACGACUGCACCCUAACCUGCGACGCUCCCUGCAGCAAAUCAUCUUCCAGUCGCCCAACCCCGCCCCCUCUCCUCCUCCUAACCCCUCCCCCUUUCCCUUCCCUCCAUCUAACCCGGCCCAUUCUCCUCAUCUUCCUCAUUCAUACCCCUCCCCUCCUCUUCCUCCGUCGCAGCCCGCCCCCUCUCCUCUUCUUUCUCCUAACCCCAGGCCCUCCCCGCCACAUCCGCCUCAAACGUACCCCUCCCUCAGAACUCAAACUCCUCCCUUGGAACCUAACACCAGCUCCUUCUCCCCUCCUCCUCCACAGACCAACCCCUCCCCCCCUACUCCUCAAACGAACAGCAGUCCCUCCUCCACCCCCUCUCCUCCACAGUCAAACCCCUCCCUCCCUACACCUCAAACGAACAGCAGUCCCUCCUCCAGUCCCUCUCCUCCUCUUCCUCCUCCUCCCGCCAGCACCACUGCUGCCUUGAUACUCUGGAAGGUGGACGUUUCUGCCUGAACAUUGAGGCUCCGCCUACGUUGUAUUUGCCCCGCCCCUUUUUGACAGACGUUACCUGGGGCGGAGUCUGGAUGGGUGCUCCUGGCCGUGUUAAAGACCCUGACUGAUUUUCUAUGUGAUUUUUUUUCAAUGUUUAUUAACUGUGUGAUAUGCAAUGCGCCCAAGUGUUACACUGGGACUUCAGAUUAUAAAAACACCAGCUCACAAUCACCAAGCGGCCUUCCAACAAGCUUUAUACUACAGUCACCAUGCUACAUGCUACCACAAACUUCCUACAUGAAACUGUCUGCAUGCUACAUGCUACAGCUACCAUGCUACUACAUGCUCAAGGCACUAGGCUACAUCCACCAUGCUACAGGAAACAUGCUACAGCCAAUAGGCUACAGUCACCAUUGUACAUGCGACGUGAUAAAUUCAGCCAGCGACAUUCUCCAUGCUGCAUCCAUCAUGCUACAUCGAUCAUCCAACAUGUCUCAUCCUACAGUCAUGGCUACGACAGGCUGCAGAGAGGGUCUAUGUCAGGGAACCAGAGGUAAAAAAAACAACACAUUGCUAGCUCACUGCUUACACAAUGCUAACUAGGGGCUAAUGCACAGCUGGCACAGUGACACAGCAGCACUGUAAUAACUAUUCUGCAAAUAGGUUCUUAAGACAAUAUAAUGAUGUCAGUGUUGGACUAGGAGUGCUGGAGGAUACACGGCCGGCCUGGAAUAGUCUGCACCCAUGAGUAUUGAAUUGAUAAAUUCACAAAUAAAAAAGGUCAGGUUAAUAGAUCCAAUAGGAGCCACAGAAACGUCCAUCUCUCAGUCUGACGUUCGGGUGACGUCAUCGCAGGUGCGCCUCUGAUGUCAACGUCAUACCAUGUCUGCCUCUGAUGCCAUCACGCCCCUCUUUAAAGGAGUCCUCCGAGUGACGUCAUCGCAGGUGUGCCUAUGACGACAACGACGUCAUCCCAGGUCUGCCUCGGAUGCCGUCACUGCCCUCUUUAUAGGAAGAGCUAUAAUGUUCUUAUUGCAGACAGCCCUUAAUUCAAUGACCAAAAGCCCUUAUUUUCAUUAACUAGCUGGUUGAGAUGUAUUAAACUACCUGCUUGAUAUUUAACUAGCAGUUGAUGUGUUUCAAGUAGCUGGUUCGUUUGGGUAACGGUGAAGACUAAAUCACUCCCUGUGUGCGUGUGCGUGUGUGUGUGUGUGUUUGUCUGUGUGCUCGCGCCGCGACAUUGAUCAUACGUUCUCUUUGUGGAAUGAAACAAAAAAUGAAAUAAAAUAACAUCAACAACUGUUA